GCUAGUUUCCUGUCUCUCUCAGAUAAUUUUCGCCGAAAACCCAGCAGGCGAAGGCAGUCGGUGAUUCACUGUCUCGGAAACAACGUGGGUGUUUUUCUCUCGACCCGAAACCUGCUCUUCCCUGCCUAGCAAGACAUUCAGGCGCCAUGUCAGUGUAUGAAAGCGAGGACUGCGGGGAAACGCGCCGCUACACCUUCCGCCGCAUCCAGACCACGGCCAUCCGGUUCCAGGUAAAAGCGGCGCACGACGUGGCCCUCUGCCUCUCCCCUGACGACAACGAAGAGCAAGAAGACAUGUACGAGAUCUUCAUCGGCUGCUGGGGAGGCGGGGAGUCUGGCAUCCGACGCAAUAAGGACGAGGACGUGUGCCGGGUCGAGACGCCCGACAUCCUGAGCGACGAGGAGUUCCGCAGCUUCUGGAUCAAGAUUGAGCACGGCGUCGUCAAGGUAGGGCGGUCCGGAGAGAAGCAUGCCUUCAUGAGCUACACCGACCCCGACACGCUGCUCCACGUCACGUGGUACGGCUACUCCACCGGCUGGGGCGCCUCUGGAGAGUGGAUGUUCCCGGAUGACGACGAAGGAUCCUCCUCGUCCUCCUCAGCCAUGUCCUCCUCGGACUCCGAGGCGGAGGACAUCAACAACCUCGAGGACAGACCCAUCAUGUACAAGCGCCCCGCCCGCUGGGUGCCGGCCAAGGGCGGCUACUUCCCGAGGCAUCCCGUGUCCGGCGGCGAGGGUCCCGACGGGGAGGUGUACGUCGGGAUGGCGCACCACGAGGGCGGCUACAUCCUGGGCAUGGUCGUUCCUGACCAGGGAUGCUGCUACAUACCCUUCGGGGGAGAAGCUAUAGCCAAGGAAGAGUAUUUUGUGCUGAGCAACCCCGGUACAGUGGGCAUCAGCUGGGAGCCGGGGAGCAAAGGCAAGGUUCCCAGCGGAGCUCUGCAGGGGGGCCGAUCUGAGGACGGCGAGCCUCUCUACAUCGGCAGGAUCUCUGUGGACGGCUUGGUGUCUGUCGGCAAGGGUAUUUACAAAGGGAGUGUUGAUCCUCUUUCCCCAAUAACUGACUCCUCGCCUCCUUCCUGGUGCACCCGAGCCACGGGGUUUGCUACGUCCCCUACAGCGGCACCGAGCACUGCCAUCGCGACUACGAGGUCCUGUGCAUUCGCGACGUGCCGUGCAAAUUCUGAAUUGGCUCAAGACUUCAUGUCUAUUGUACAUAACUCCAUCACGUGCAGUUGACAUUUCUCAGUACAUAUAACUACUUCAUAUAUUAAUGGUUUUCUGUUAGAUGAUAAUGCCAGGAAUUACUACAGAUUUUCCUCCCAUCUUUUGCAACCACUUUUUUCUGUUCCCGAGUUUUCAUGUAUUGCUAAUCAAUACAGGUCGCUUGGGAAGUAUAUUCAGCCCUUAGAAAAAAAAGUUGCAUCGUCACGAAUAAAAUAAGAAUCUUU